CGGAGCUCGAAACUGACUGGGAACUCCGGCGACGCAGCGACUUGCCAAGUUCGCCCAGGGAGCUUUUUCUUUGUAGGAGGAGAGAAGAGAAGGGGUGCAAGCGCCCCCGCUUUGGCGCUGUCUUCCUCUCCUCCUCUCCUCUUCGCCUUACCCUCCAACCCCCAUCUCGGAGCGGGCAGCUGCGGACUGGCCACUCCGUGACUGCCCUGGUGCUCGCCACCGCCGCAGCCGGGAGACGCGCCAGCCUCCCCCGCGGGAGCCGCUCGCUCCGCGUCCGGGCAUCCGAAGGGAGAGGAGCCUGCGCCUCGAGUCCCCGAGCCGCCUCGGCUUCUCGCCUUUGCCGGCCACCCGCCCCCGGCUCCGGGCCCGCGUAUGAAUCUCCUGGACCCCUUCAUGAAGAUGACCGACGAGCAGGAGAAGGGCCUGUCCGGCGCCCCCAGCCCCACCAUGUCCGAGGACUCGGCGGGCUCGCCCUGCCCGUCGGGCUCCGGCUCCGACACCGAGAACACCCGGCCCCAGGAGAACACGUUCCCCAAGGGGGAGCCGGACCUCAAGAAGGAGAGCGAAGAGGACAAGUUUCCCGUGUGCAUCCGCGAGGCCGUCAGCCAGGUGCUCAAGGGCUACGACUGGACGCUCGUGCCCAUGCCGGUGCGCGUCAACGGCUCCAGCAAGAACAAGCCGCAUGUCAAGCGGCCCAUGAAUGCCUUCAUGGUGUGGGCGCAGGCGGCGCGCAGGAAGCUCGCCGACCAGUACCCGCACCUGCACAACGCCGAACUCAGCAAGACGCUGGGCAAGCUCUGGAGACUGCUGAAUGAGAGCGAGAAGCGGCCCUUCGUGGAGGAGGCGGAGCGGCUGCGCGUGCAGCACAAGAAAGACCACCCGGAUUACAAGUACCAACCGAGGCGGAGGAAGUCGGUCAAGAACGGGCAGGCAGAGGCCGAGGAGGCCACGGAGCAGACGCACAUCUCGCCCAACGCUAUCUUCAAAGCGCUGCAGGCGGACUCGCCGCACUCCUCCUCCGGCAUGAGCGAGGUGCACUCGCCCGGCGAGCACUCUGGGCAAUCCCAGGGCCCACCGACCCCACCCACCACGCCCAAAACCGACGUGCAGCCAGGCAAAGCUGAUCUGAAGCGAGAGGGGCGCCCUCUGCCCGAGGGGGGCAGGCAGCCUCCCAUCGAUUUCCGCGACGUGGACAUCGGCGAGCUGAGCAGCGACGUCAUCUCCAACAUCGAGACCUUCGACGUCAACGAGUUCGACCAAUACCUGCCGCCCAACGGGCACCCGGGGGUGCCGGCCACCCACGGCCAGGUCACCUACACCGGCAGCUACGGCAUCAGCAGCAGCGCCGCGGCGACUCCGGGCGCGGGCGCGGGCCACGUGUGGAUGUCCAAGCAGCAGGCGCCCCCGCCGCCGCCCCCACAGCAGGCGCCCCCGCAGCCGCAGCAGCCGCAGCAGGCGCCCCCGCAGCCUCAGCAGGGGCCCCCGCCCGCGCAGGCGGCGCCCCCGCAACCGCAGCCCACGCACACGCUGACCACGCUGAGCAGCGAGCCGGGCCAGGCGCAGAGAACGCACAUCAAGACGGAGCAGCUGAGCCCCAGCCACUACAGCGAGCCGCAGCACUCGCCGCAGCAGAUCGCCUACAGCCCCUUCAACCUCCCGCACUACAGCCCCUCGUACCCGCCCAUCACGCGCUCGCAGUUCGACUACACAGACCACCAGAACUCGGGCUCCUACUACAGCCACGCGGCGGGCCAGGGCUCCAGCCUCUUCUCCACCUUCACCUACAUGAGCCCCGCGCAGCGCCCCAUGUACACCCCCAUCGCCGACACCUCCGGGGUGCCGUCCAUCCCGCAGACGCACAGCCCGCAGCACUGGGAGCAGCCCGUGUACACACAACUCACCAGGCCUUGAAGAGGCCCCCGUGCGCAAGGCGAUCCCCCAAGGAACCGAAGAAAGAAACAACCCCAUCAGAGUUCCCUUGGACCUUGGUCCUUCUCUUUCUCUCUGUCCUCUCUGUCUGUCUCUCGUUCCUUAAAGACGUUGAAACGGAAGGUGACUGGUAUCCACGUUCCAAGAAACACUUAACUUGUCCAGUGGCCAGGCCGCCCUCUGCAACUCUCCCCACGGGGAAGGAGGGAGCGUGGGGAGGCAGGCAGGUUGGUCCCGCCGAGUGAACGAGAGUGGAUUUGCGCAGCUUUCUGAGCAAGCGAGAAGUGGGGUGGAGAGCGUGUUG